UAACUUCACCAGGAAGUUUCCUUCAAGGGAAGUUUUGCUCUGGUGUUACCUAAUCGGAAAGUCACACGGGAGUGUAACAACAAUGAUGAUCGCGCUGCGCCAAAUUAUUCACUUAUUUACCAAUUGAUAUCAUAUAUAUAUAUCAAUAAAUAAGAAAGAUACGUGUUGCUUUGCCAGCAGUUCGACGUAAUUCUAUAUUAUUAUAGACGGUUUCAGUUUAAUAGGCGCUCUGGGAACAGGCAAUGGGCUGCGACUCAACGCCGACAUUUUCAUAAUAAUAAGAGAAAAUGAAGUUUCCUUACAUUACAUUUUUAUUAUCGACACAAAUCGUGCUGCUUUCGGGUCUUCGCAUACUACGUGGGCCGCCUCCCAACUGCACGCAGGAGGGCCUGGGAUGCAGAGCUAAUAUAAAUAACUGUUUAGACAAGGACUGGUUAAAGCCAAAUGAUUUCACUCCAACUGGGCCGGACAAGUUGUGGGUCACGAUUGCAGUUAGAGAGGAGAACGGCACGCAGGUGCCGGUGCUGAUGGUGACGUGGAAGGCCAGGGCAGACGGAAGCAUCAAAUUUCUUAAUGGAACAGAGGUCCACGUACUGAAAAUGUCAAGCAACCAGAAUUUUUGUGUUCGCUACAUAUUUCUGAAUGCAAUUAAUUCCAUGAAGAAUGCCUAUUCUGAAAAUUGGUCAUUUUCACUGGACAGGCUGGUGGUGGACCCUGGCCAAAUGUACCUGGUUACUGUCAGUAACCUACCAAAGCCAAAUAUGGGCCAUGACAUAUAUAAUACUUCCGAAGUUAUUGUUGUUCCAGGCUGUGGCGAUAGCAUGAUGAGAACGACCAACGUAUGCUCAGAAAUUGGGAGUUUAUGGAAAUCAAACAUCAGCCUGAGGAGGUCAGACAUCGCUGGUAAAAAUGAUGCUAUCACUGUGUAUUUCAACGGCGGAGAGUCAUCCAUUAAGUACAAGGUGUCAGUUCAGUGCUCUGGGCAGAAAAACUCUCAGACUGUCUCGCAGAAUGACUUGAAACGAAUUAAUGUGACAUUUGAGCUUGGGAAAUGGCCUCGGACGUGCUGUGAAUUUUCUGUUGAGAUCCAGCCAUUUUUCCAUCAGUGUAGAAAUGAUUGUGUUCGACACCAGAAAAAAAAUAAUAUCUGUACUGAAAACAAAAAGCCUUUGAUCUGGCCCAUCAUCGUUGGGGUUUCCCUGGCCUUGGGGGUUGUAUGUUGCAUCGGCAUCUACUUUUGGGUCCGGAAACCUUACAAAGGUGUCCCACAUGAAGUACACAUAGAAGAUGUCACUAUCACCACUAAAAUAUCAGACAAAGAAGAAACGCCUUCCAAUGGCCCCAGGAGAGUGCUCGUCAUCUACUCUAUGGACCAUGCCCUAUACAAGGAGAUUGUGCUCAAGCUGAGUGCCUUUAUGCGAGCUAAGUGUGGUACCGAUGUGGUUCUGGACAUGCUGGACACAGCAGAGCUGGGCACAGUGGGCCGCAUGCAGUGGCUGGACUGGCAGAAGCAGCAGAUGGAGAAGUCUUCCGACAAGAUCCUCAUCCUCUGCUCCCGGGGAGUGCAGGCCAAGUGGAACGCCAUGUGCACGAGGCAAAGGGUGAUGUUGAAAGAGGAUGUGCGCUCUCCCACCGGGGACAUGCUCACUCCCGCUUUCAGCCUCAUCAUGCCUGAUUUGCUGCACCCAGCUGCCUUUGGGAAGUAUAUAGUGGCUUACUUUGAUGAUGUCUCUUCUGAGGAUGAUGUUCCCUCACCCUUCAACAUCACCGUCAAGUACAAGCUAAUGAAGCACUUUGAAGAGCUCUACUUCCGAAUCCUGGACAAAGAGAAAUAUGAGCCCAGGAAGGUGAAUCGCAUCGAAGGCAUAGCUCAGGAUGAAUACUUCAAUUGUCCCUCGGGAAGAGCCUUGAGGGAUGCCAUUGAGGCAUUCCAAGCCUACCAGCUUGAGCACCCUGACUGGUUUGUGAAGGAGUGCGUGGAUAGUGAGGAAGAUGCUUUAGAUGCAGACCUGCAGUGCCCUCUUCUUGUAGAGAUGCCAAAUAGCUCCAUCUUGCAGUGUGUGCCAGAGUGUAAGGAAGGGCCUCCUGUCUUAGUUAAUACAGUACAACUGAGUGAGGAAGGCAGGGGGACCUUUCAGGUCACACCAAUCAUGAACGAGAGUGAGGGGAACAUAUUCACUCAGCAUGUCAAUUCUGCUCACCCAGAACUGAACCAAGUAUACUCGUUUUACCCAUCUGCUCAACUGGAUCACAGCCAGGUAUACUCUGCACAACCAGCUGUAGAUGAUGAUCCGGGGGUGUAUAGAGCAGAAAUUCACCCCAUGGUCAGUCAAGAUGCAGCCAUUCAGGAGCUGUUUCCCCAAAGACAUACUUGGCAUCAGGCAAGACCAGCAAGUCUGCCCGAGGAAAUUGAUGAAAAUCAAUCACCGUCUUCCAGUAGCCUUUCUGAAGGAAUGCUAAGGAGACUGAUAGCUUUCCAGCAGUCAAUGGGUCCCAUGGACUCUCAAAGUUCCCAUUCUGAGGAGGAAGAAUUCCUGUCAGAGGCUGCAAGUGAUUGGAUGCAAGCAGGGUGUGCUUUGAAAAGGCCGAUAAGUGACUCAGAUCAGGGCUACAUCUCCCGGACUUCCCCCCAGCAAGACUCCUCUCUCAGAGAAGACUUCCAGGAUCAUCGAGAAGAACUCCUUAAGCUCCAGAACACUUGUUUAUCUCUCAGCCUCAAACCCCUGGGCAAUCCUCUUGGACCACAAAACAACCCAGAAGACUAUGAAAGUGAUGAAGAUUCCCCGCCCCUGUGCCUUGUACCCUGCCCACCGUGUUAUAGGAUGUCCCGCAGCCCUGAGCUGAAAGACGAUGCUAUGGAGUGCCCUCUCUGCAUGGAGCCGCUGGAGAUCGAUGACAUCAACUUCUUCCCCUGCACCUGCGGUUACCAGAUCUGCCGGUUCUGCUGGCACCGGAUCCGCACAGAUGAGAACGGGCUCUGCCCUGCCUGUAGGAAGCCCUACCCAGAAGACCCGGCGGUCUACAAGCCUCUCUCGCCGGAGGAGAUCCAGCGGAUAAAGAAUGAGAAAAAGCAGAAGCAGAACGAGCGCAAACAGAAGAUGACAGAGAGCCGCAAACACCUGGGAAGUGUGCGUGUGGUGCAGAAGAACCUGGUGUUUGUGGUGGGGCUGUCACAGAGGCUGGCUGAGCUGGAGGUUCUAAAGAGGCCAGAAUAUUUCGGGAAAUUCGGAAAAAUUCACAAAGUGGUAAUCAACAACAGCACAUCUUACGCGGGUUCCCAGGGUCCUAGUGCCAGUGCCUAUGUCACAUUCCUUCGGUCUGAAGACGCCCUCAGAGCUAUACAGUGUGUGAACAAUGUAGUGGUGGAUGGCAGAACACUUAAAGCCUCUCUAGGUACGACGAAGUACUGCAGUUACUUCCUGAAGAGCAUGCAGUGUCCGAAGGCGGACUGCAUGUACCUCCACGAGCUGGGGGACGAGGCGGCCAGUUUCACGAAGGAGGAGAUGCAGGCAGGAAAGCACCAAGAGUACGAACAGAAGCUUCUACAAGAGCUGUACAAAGCGAACCCCUGCUUCCUGCAAAGCUCAGCCGGGGCCGGCGAGAAGUCAAAGGGCAAGUCCAGUUCAGCGCAAAGACCCAACAGUAGCAGCAAAGAGGCGUGGCCGUGGCUGCAGGGCUCGGGCAAAAUAGCCAAUGGGCUGGGCGAGCACCACAAGACUCCGCCCCUAUUGGACGGCUCCGACUCAGAGCACAUGACUGGCAGCGGGCCAGACUCGGACUUGGGGCCAAGCCAAGGGGCCAUGCCCUCCCCCUAUUCACACUGCGACCCUGCCAGUCCCAGCGAAAAAACACCACAGACCAUUAGUAUAGGGAACGGGGAAAGUAUACAAAACCACGGCACUGAGUCCCCUUCGCCGCCUCCGGGCCUGACUAAGCCUGGACUGGUCGUGCCCAUCAGCAUGUCCAGCCUCGCUGCCCGAUCCCCCUUUGAAGGGGCGGCAGCCGAAUCCCAGUCACUUUUCUCGGACAACAGCAACUUCCGGCACCCCAACCCUCUCCCAGGUGGCCACGCCCCCCCUUCCGGCCCAACCCAAGGGCACUCCGAUUGGCCCACAGCACCCGAGCCCCAGAGCCUCUUCACGUCAGAGACCAUCCCGGUGGCGUCGUCCACGGAUUGGCAGGCGGCGUUCGGCUUCGGCUCCUCCAAGCAGCCUGAGGACGACCUUGGCUUUGACCCUUUCGAUGUCACUCGCAAGGCGCUUGCCGACUUAAUCGAGAAGGAGCUUUCGGUUCAGGACACGUCGCAGUUGUCUCCUGGGGUUCUGCAGGGGACUCUGCGUCGCCCCCUUCACGGGCCCCUCCCCCCGCACCUGUCACACCUGCAGCACCGCGCCGUCUUGGGCUCCUGCGGUUUCCCGGGGCAUCCAGCACGUCACCCGUGGCUCGGUUACCCGCCGCACGGGAGCCCGCUAAACCACACAGCCGGCCUCAGCGCCAACAGCCGCCUCAUGGACUUUCUACCAGUGCAGCACAGCACUGGGCUGGGGGGCGUUCCCACUGCAGAAAAUAGCAAUUCUAUAGAAAAUCUAAAUAUGAAAGAAUGGCAGGAUGGUUUGCGAGCUCUUCUGCCCAACAUCAAUAUCAAUUUCGGGGGACUACCGAAUUCCUCCUCAUCCCUGCCCCCCUCCAUCAUUAACCACACAGGGGUUCCAGUUGGCUCAGGGGGCAUGUCACACAGUCUUAGCUGGGACGGAAUGGUCAGAUGGAUGGACCCGGCAAUCAUUACAGGUAUCCCAGCAUCCGCAGCCCACAGUUUGGACUCUCUGCAGGAUGACCCACCUCAUUGGCUGAAGUCCCUGCAGACGCUCACUGAGAUGGAGGCGCCCGGCUCCACAGUGCCCCCACUGGCCCCCCACAGUAUACCCUUCAGUGCACAGUUCCCAAAUCACAGAGCUGGCUGGGCUGCCACACCCACUGGCCCCUUCCACUCACCCCCACCUGGUUUCCAGACAACAUUCAGACCUCCAGUCCAAACAGCCACAGACCUGCUACAGAGUACUUCCAUGGACCGCCACUAGGGGAGCAUAACCACACAAUCCGCACAUCACAAAACUAUUAACACCAUAACAAAUACUACGUUUUCCUGCUUCUGUUUUCAUUGUUUCGUGUUUAUUUCCUUUUGGCUUGUGGCCAUACCUAUCUCUCUUUCUGCCCCCCAGGUUGAGCACACAAUGGUUCAUUCACCAAAACAUCCGAACCUUAACUAGAAACACUGGGGGUGUGGUAAUGAUGCCAGAAGGUUAUUCAAAGAAAAUAACACGGGGGGGAUUUGAUUUCAGCAUAAUUCAGUUUGAUAAAGGGGAAAAAAACAUCCCCCCUCUGUUCCCAGACGUCACAACACUGGAAGUAUCCAGCCUUUGGGAUUUGGCUAAGGUGCUCCUUGCUGUGCUGUUUUUACCCUGUGAAGGUAAUUAUGAACAGGCAAGCUGCCAGAGGCCUUUUUGGGCUGUAGAGCAGCUAGGACUAGUCUGCAUGUGGGCAGCAGGGGGUGCUAUUUCCCCUAAGAGUGACACAGUUAGACCUCUGUAUCAGAGGGGCUGUGUGCUGAUACACCUGAAGGGCCCUGUAGUAAUGGGAUGCAGACAAAACGUGCAAUUUCUUUUGGGAAACAAGGUGCCACUAUGUGGUAUCCGUGGUAACUGCCCUCAUUGUAGCGCCCCUGUUGCUGUGCAGAAGCGAUGGUAGGAGGCCCACGCGAUGAGCUGAGGGGGAAAUCCUUUCAGUCAGUGCAGAAGAAGCCAGUUAUUUUGAACGAGGCCAGCCCUGAUGACUCGUCGAUUCUCUGAUGACAUCAUGGGUAAGGGAAUCCCUGUUGGUACAUUUGACCAGUCAUGAGUGAAAAGUCAUGCUGCUGGAGCGAUACAAAGGAUAUAUACUAGUUUUUUUGUGUCUUGGCUUAGUUGGCUACCUCCAAAAAAAUAAAUAAAACGAAAUCCUCAAGCUGAAGCAGUUUCUAGGGGCAGACUAGGGUCUUUGUGGAGACUGGAGCGGAUGUGGUUCUGCCCUGGAGCUUUUGAGUGAGCCACACCAGUGGGGCUGUCUCCGUUCCUGUCUCCGUUCCUGUGUUUCUCGCAACGGUCCUUGGCUGCAGUCUGCCAUCUGCUCAGUAUUAAAGACAAUAGAAAAUAAAUUCAAAACAAGCGAUACAGUUAGCUAUGGGAUAUACGAUUUUAGACACCUGUUUAACGAAGCUCUAAAUGAUGUGUGCCCCUCUCCCCCCCCCAAACACAGGUCUGGAAAAACUAAAUAUUAAAUAAAUGCAAACUUGA